CCGAGGGGAGCCCCGCGCCGGCGCCGAGCCUAAAAUGGCCACGCUGCUCCGCAAAAUCGGGCUCAUCCGCCUGCACAACCGGGACACCGAGGACCCCAAGCAUCACCACAACCACCGCGGCGGCGGCGGCGGCCAGCAGAGCGCGUCGCUGCGCGGCAAGGGCGGCGCCAAGAGCGGCGGCCACAAGCCGCAGCAGCAGCAGCAUCCCGCCGGGGGCGCGGGCGACGCCAGCCCCGGGCCCGGCAAGGGCAAGGGCAAGCGCGCGGCGGAGCUGGCCCAGCGCGACAAGCCGCCGCAGCCGGCGGCGGGGGCGGCGGGGGCGGCGAGCGGCGGGGGCCCCCGGGAGCGCGCGGCGGGCGCCAGGGCGGGGCCGGGCCCGGCGGCGGCGGCGGCGGCGGCGGCGGCGGGCGGCAGCCUGGUGCCCGCGGCGCGCCAGCAGCACUGCACGCAGGUGCGCAGCCGGCGGCUCAUGAAGGAGCUGCAGGACAUCGCGCGCCUCAGCGACCGCUUCAUCUCCGUGGAGCUGGUGGACGAGAGCCUCUUCGACUGGAACGUGAAGCUGCACCAGGUGGACAAGGACUCGGUGCUGUGGCAGGACAUGAAGGAGACCAACACCGAGUUCAUCCUGCUCAACCUCACCUUCCCCGACAACUUCCCCUUCUCGCCGCCCUUCAUGCGGGUGCUCAGCCCGCGCCUGGAGAACGGCUACGUGCUGGACGGCGGCGCCAUCUGCAUGGAGCUGCUCACGCCGCGCGGCUGGUCCAGCGCCUACACCGUGGAGGCCGUCAUGCGCCAGUUCGCCGCCAGCCUGGUCAAGGGCCAGGACCCGUUUGCUGAGGGUCUACCAUGACUUGGGCACUGAAGACACGUGGUCUUCAGCAUUCCCGUGGCGACCUUUCCCCCUUCUGUGUGUCACCCCUGGUCCUCCUCCUGGUCCUCUCCGCUAAGGGCAGGAGGAAGCAAGCCGAGCGGGAGGACCAAGGCCCCCAGAUCGAGAACCUCUAGGGAGGAAGCAGAAUUGGGACCAACCAGGUGGCAAAGGCUUGGGAGAGGAGGGCGGGGCGGGAGCAGGGCGCCGGGGGGAGUGGCCGGAAGGUGCCCUUCCCCACCCAGCAGGCCUAGGUGUGGUCACGGAGCAGGACUAACCGGGCCUCCUCGUUCACGUUCCCAAGCCUGGCUUUUCCUCUCCUCCCUGCCCUCCUGCCUCCUUAGAGGCUUGUCAUCCCCUGCUUGGAUCCCUGUGAUGCCCCCGUCCAACCUCUCUGUCCCUUUCCAUCCUCCCUGCUGCCACCUUCCUGGGUCCUCUAGAUGCACACCUGGCUUUCUCACACCCUUGGUUAUGACGGUGACGGAAUACAUCCAAGCGCCCAGUCGCUGCCCAGCCUGGCUGCGGCGCUUCCACCUUCCACAGCCCCCAGGAAGCCCUUCUCCCGCCAGCCCCUCCAGCCAGGGCACACCAGCAGGUCUCCACGUUUGCUGAGCUCACAGGUCCGCCCCCAUCGGGGAAGCACCCCCUCAUGCAUCAGUCGAGCCCUGCCAUCCCUCAGAACCCUGCCGAGCCGUCUUAGCUCCUGCAGAAGGCCCCGCGAUCACUCCUCCGGUGGGGGCAGUGGCUCCCUCCUCUAAACACCUCUGCGUUGUCUGGAAGGUGUUCAUUUCACGCUCAUCCUGCGAGACUGCAUUUACCUAUUUACGGCUCUGGUUCCCCUUCCCCUCGCCCAAUGCCCACCCAGUACAUUGUAUGUGCUGAAUAAAUGUGUCCACUGUGCAACUUGCUCAACUGCACACACGCCCCAUCCCCUCCUCUUGUCCCUAUUUGGAAUACGGUAAGAUUGUGAACUUACCAGGUGCUUACCGUGGGCCAGCUGCUGUGCAAAACACUUUAGUGGGUCAUGUGAUUAAAUGCUUUCAGCAGCCUAUGGGGUGAGUGCUGUUGUUAUUCCCAUUUUACAGAGGAGGAAACCAAGGCUCGCUUAGCCUGGGGAAGGCAGAGCCCUGCCAAUCUGCGGGUUAGGGUCUUCAGGAAGCCCCUUCCUCCAGUGAAUGCCUGAAACUGACACAGAUGAGCUAGGUGCCCACAGGGGCCACUGUGAUCCCUCCCCUCACAGAACUGCUUGUUUUUCCUUUGAUCACCUUUAUAAUGUAUCCUAUGAAGGAUCAUCAUCUUAGAGAGCUCAUGAAAGACAAAGUUU